GAUACCGCGAGCGAAAGGCGCGCCAUUUCAAUUAAUGUUUGAUCAAUAAUAAGAACACAUCGUCAGACUUCGAAACAUUCAUAUUGUUCAUUUAAUAAUAUUGUAGAAUCAUGGUGAGAUUAACUACUGAAUAUAUAGAUCGAAAGUGUUCUCAGAUGCUACUGAGCAAAUCCCUCAGCAAGAAAGUAAAGAAACGCGAAUUGCAUAAUGCAACGCACUUACGUAUGAACAAUAUGUCUAUAAGUAGCAUUGGGAAUUUUGGUGAUUACAAAAAUCUGAAAGUAAUAUAUUUACAAAACAAUAAUAUAACAACUAUAGAAAACUUGCACUUUGCAUUCAACUUAACGCAUCUUUAUCUGCAACAUAAUGUGAUAAAGAAAAUAGAAAAUUUAGAUUCCCUCGAUAAGCUUCAAACCUUGUACUUGGGAUACAAUAAUAUAGUUGUACUAGAAGGACUUGAAGGUUUGAGGAAUUUGAAUACUUUGGAUAUAGAGAAUCAAAGGCUAAGUCCUGGAGAAUCAUUGUGCUUUGAUCCAAGAAGUAUAUAUACUUUGUCUACUUGUUUACAAGUACUCAAUAUUUCUGGUAACAGAAUAAUAUCUCUGAAAGGUAUCAAGAACUUACAUAAAUUAGAAAUUUUGGAUGCCAGAAACAAUUCUGUGGAAGAUAUUGAUGAUCUAACUGACACUAUAAGCUUCUUAACUUCUUUAAAAGACUUAUCUUUGCAAGGCAAUUCUGUAACUCAAUGUUACAGAUACAAAGAAAAUCUUAUUGCUAAUAAUGAUACAAUAAAAAAUUUCGAUGGGAAAACGAUAACAGAUGAGUGCCGAUGUUUUAUGAAGAGAUUUAAGAUAGAAAAACAUCUUUACCGCAAAAAGAAGUCUUCUAGAAUUACAUUGGAUGAGGACAUUACAAGUUCAUUAAAUUUACCGCCUGCACUGAAAAAAUCAAUAUCUAGAGCAAUGUUCCAACAUCCAGGUCCAAAAUUAUCUGUUACAAUUUCAUCAGCCAUUGGUGAAAUGCAACCACAAAUGUUUCCAUCAUGGAAAACAGCUCCAGGUACAAAAUUUAUAUGGCGUGGUCAUAUAACACCAAGGCCAUUUUGGAGUAAUGUAAUUAAAGCCAGAGAACCUCAUAUUGUGCGAUCGCUGGUAAAAAGCAAAGCUAUUAAAUUACCACCAGUCACACUGUUCCCCAACAUAGAAUAAAAGAACAAUUUUUUGUGUAACAUUCAAUACAUUUGUCAUUAUUAACCUUCAUAACGGUACAACAACAAAUUAUACAUAUAUGCAUGCAAAA